AUAAAACGAUGCAACUGAAUUUAACUUUCCUAGUUUUUGCUGCGAUAUUAAUAAACUCUUCACAAUGUUUAAGAAUUUUGACUGUUUUCUUUUCUCCAGGCAUGAGCCAUUACAUAUUGGGUUCAAAAUUGGUUAAGGGUCUACUUAACGCUGGUCAUGAGGUUACCAUGAUUAGUCCAUUCGAAAUGAAAGAUGUGCCAAAGAAUGGGACCUUGAAGGAUAUUGUACUAACUGAAUUAUCGGAACAGUUUCAAAACUCGAGAACCACCAAUAAUAUGUUCAACAUUGGGGAUCAAGGGCUUAUAGAUAUGAUCAAAAUGAUGACGAAAAUGUUUGUCGAUUACUCUAACAACACCAUUCACCACCCAAAAGUUCAAAAAUUGUUAAAGUCUAAUCAAAAAUUCGACUUGGUCAUUCAAGAACAAUUUAACAAUGACGGUCUAAAAGCUUUUGCUCACUUUUACAAUUGUCCCUUGAUAACUUUAAGUAGUAUGGGGCCGAAUGCUUGGGUAAACCCUACUGUUGGAAAUCCGCAGCCUGUUUCUUAUGCUCCUCAUCUAUUAUUGGGUGAUUUUUCCAAAGAUCUCUCAUUUAUUAAUAGAGCGAAAAAUUUGUUUAUGUUUUUUGCGGACUAUCUUCUCACUACUCUGUAUGUGCUUCCUUCUCAUGAAGAAUAUAUGCUUCAAGCUUUCCCAAAUUCGCCACCUAUAAGUGAACUAUAUACAAAUGUUUCUUUGGUGUUAUUAAACUCACAUACAAGUAUUUAUCCAGCAUUACCAAUAGUACCGAAUAUGGUGGAGAUUGGAGGUUAUUUUAUUGAUCCUCCUAAAAAAUUACCAAAAGAAUUGCAAGAGUAUUUGGACAAUGCUAAGGAUGGAGUAGUUUACUUUAGCAUGGGCUCAAAUUUGAGAAGUAAGGAUAUGGCUUCAGAACGAAAACAACUUAUUGUAAACGUCCUUGGAAAAUUAAAGGAAAAAGUUUUGUGGAAGUUUGAGGAAGAUUUACCCGGCACACCUGCAAACAUAAUGAUUCAAACAUGGUUACCUCAACAAGACGUUUUGGCACACCCAAGUAUAAAACUCUUCAUAACUCACGGAGGACUUUUAAGUACAACCGAAACCAUAUACCAUGGAGUACCAGUUCUGGCAAUUCCAGUUUUUGGGGAUCAAGACUCCAACGCCGAUAGGGCAGUAGCAAGUGGUUUUGGCUUAAAAUUAUCAUACAAUGACCCAAAUUUUACUGAGCAAAGUUUGGCUGAAAAAAUCAAUGAAUUACUACGCAAUCCAAAAUACAAGGAAAAUGCUAAAUUGAGAUCAAACCUUUUCCAUGAUAGACCCAUGACGCCUAUGGAAACGGCUGUUUAUUGGGUGGAAUAUGUUGCCAGGCAUAGAGGAGCGCCACAUUUGAGCGUUGCUGGUAAAAAUUUACCAUGGUACAAGUAUUUUAUGGUUGAUGUUUUAGGAGCUAUUUUGUUAAUUGUUUUAUCAGUAUUAUGGUUCAUUACGUUCGUAUUCGAGAAGGUGUUUUUCAGAAACAGAGAACAACAGAGAAAAAGAUCCAAGAAACAAAAAACUAAUUAAUUAGUCUUGUACUUUACUGUUUCAUUAUAUUUUUAUUAUUAAUAAGUAUGUAUUUUAGUUAUUUUUCAAUUUCAAUAAUCAAUCAAUUUAUUAUCCUUUUUAUUAAUUUAAAUAAGUACAUAGGUAUUUUUAGUAUUAUUUUAUUAAGACAAUAGUCAACCAUCCAAGGACCUUUUUUUUCAGUUAUACAUGUAAACCCCAUACUUUGUGAGUGGCUUGCUUACAUCAAGUCCUACAACUUUUCCUCUACGACUUUUCUCGGAAAAGGCACGUAUGCGCGCAGGCGACUCGCAAACAUGUCGAUCUGACGUAGCUAUGUUUCCUGAUACAUGUAGGUAAAUCUAAUUUUACGAAUACUGUUUGAUUUUUAUGUCUAAAUCACGGAAGUCAACUUGGCCGACAAAAAUAAUGGCAAAUUGGGGGAGUCCGAUACCCCCAAAAUGUCGAUCUGACGUGGUUAUGUUUCUUGAUACAUGAAAAUCUAAUUUCACGAAUAAUGUUUGAUUUUUAUUUCUAAAUCACGGAAAUCAACUUGGCCGACAAAAAUAAUGGCAAAUUGGGGGAGUCCGAUACCCCUAAAAUGUUUGCGAGUCGCCUGCGCGCAUACGUGCCAUUUCCGAGAAAAGUCGUAGAGGAAAAGUUGUAGGACUUGAUGUAAGCAAGCCACUCACAAAGUAUGGGGUUUACAUGUAUAACUGAAAAAAAUGGUCCUUGGAUGGUUGACUACAACUAAUAGGAACUAUAAGACACUUACCGAUUUUCAUUUUAAUUUUAAAUUGAUAAAUCCUCUUCUAUUAGACUAGAGGAAUAUCGUCCUUUGAUAUUUCACAAGUAAAACAAAAUUAACACUAAAUUCAUAAAAUAAUUUAGGUAGGUACUUAAAUUUUAUACAAAUAGGAUAAUUUCUGUCCCAUUUACAGUUCUAUUAAGAUUUUGUCGAAGUUUUUGUUCUUGCAACAAAAUGUAGAUCUAUAGGUUUUUGCGAAUAUAAUGUGACCGCCGAACUUAAAUCGAAUUCAUCAAAAGAUUUGUGCUUUGUAACCGUCUUGAAAUUUCUUAUUACGUUUGCAUAGGUUAUCUUUAGUAGCGCCAUUGCAUGAUGUUUUCCUGAAAAUUAAAUAAGGAAAUUUUCAUCAAUAAUGAAAAGUAUACAAUAUUCAGCAGAACCUAACUUCUUUGAUCUUGAUCUAACAUUAUAUUUUAAUAGGUAUGUACUUUUUUCUUUAUUUUGCAUACAAAAUAUUGUGGUGAAGUGUUAUUCUAGCAUAUAUUCUAUCAUAGCAGCAACAUUAGGGCUCUAAUUUAAAAAUUGUCACAAUGGAUCACUUUUUUUGCAUAGAAAACAUCAAACCCCAGUUUACCAGAAAUGUUAUCUCAAUCUCACAUUUCUCCAUCGUUUGCAGAACAUUGUGUCAUACUCCUUUGGCUAAUAGAGGAAAAAAACUCGAAAGUUUCAG